CCUGAGAGCAUGGACCAGGGCAAUUAUUCCAGGGUGGCUGAGUUCGUGCUGCUGGGCCUCUCCAGUUCCUGGGAACUCCAGUGUUUCUUCUUUGUGUCUUUUAAUUUCUUGUACAUUGCCAUUGUUCUGGGAAAUCUCCUCAUCGUCCUCACGGUUAUUUCUGAAUCUGCCCUGCACACACCUAUGUACAUCAUGCUGAGCAACCUUUCUCUUCUUGAUGUGUUUCUGGCCACUUAUGCAACGCCCAAAAUGAUCCAUGAUUUCCUCCAUGAACCCAAGACCAUCUCUUUUGAGGGCUGCAUGGCCCAGAUAUUCUUGCUCCAUGUGUUUGCUGGUGGUGAAAUGAUGCUUCUUGUAGCCAUGGCAUAUGACAGGUAUGUAGCUAUAUGCAAACCUCUCCAUUAUGCAACCAUUAUGAAUUUAUGCAAAUGUACAAGCUUAGUUGUAGGCUCUUGGGUCAUUGGGGUCAUACACUCAUUGAGCCAGUUGGCAUUCACUGUAAACUUACCUUUCUGUGGCCCAAAUGUCGUGGACAGUUAUUAUUGUGACCUUACUUUGGUCAUUAAACUUGCUUGUACAGAUACUUAUGUCCCUGAAGUGUUGAUGCUUUUGGACAGUGGCCUGAUGGGGGUGACUUCAUUCUUGCUCUUGCUCAUCUCCUACACGGUCAUCCUGGUCACUGUGCGACGUCGAUCAUCAACGGGCAUGUCCAAGGCCCGCAGCACCCUGACAGCCCACAUCACUGUGGUGACCCUCUUCUUUGGGCCCUGUAUUUUCAUCUAUGCCUGGCCUUUCGGCAAUUUUCCAGUGGAUAAGGUCCUGUCUGUGUUCUCUACAGUUUUCACACCUAUAUUGAACCCUGUUAUCUACACGCUGAGAAACAAAGAGGUAAAAUCAGCAAUGCAUAAGCUGAAGACCAGGUAUGUAAGUUCCAGGCUUCCUUUCCAGCAGGCUCUCUCACAGCUGGACUUGUUGAAUUGA